AUGAAGAUGACAUUCAGACUUACUGUCUUGUCUUUAUUUUUUCCUUCUCAACGGAAAGGAAGAACUUCAUCAGUUCUGUCAUCUCUUCCUUUACAGAUUCUGUUUUAUGUAAACGGGAUAUAUUACAUCUUCUACUUCUUGGCAACUCUUGCAAUGGUUGUUUAUAAAAGUCAGGUUUUCAGUUAUCCAGAUGAUUUUCUGGCUCCUGAUCUUGCCUUGCUUUUCAUUAUGGCCAUUCUUGAAGUGCUCCGAUUACAGUUGGGUUCAAAGGGCAACCUGACAGAAGAAGAGGCACCAUUAGGGCUCAGUCUUGUGAUCACAGUUGGAAGUGUGAUUCUGUCUGUGUAUUUCCUGGUGUGGCAAACCUACGUGCUGAAAGCAGACGUCAUUCUAAACGCUGUUCUUCUCUUUACAUACGGGCUGGAGUCAGUCCUGAAGGUCAUAGCCAUUGCUGCUUUUGUCAGCUAA